UGUCUUCUUUUUCAUUUCCUUUCAAAGAAGCUACUAUGGCUGCUACAGUGAACCUGGAACUUGAUCCCAUCUUUUUGAAAGCCCUGGGCUUCCUGCAUUCAAAGAGUAAGGAUUCUGCUGAAAAGCUAAAAGCUCUGCUUGAUGAGUCUUUGGCCAGAGGAAUUGAUUCAAGCUAUCGUCCUUCACAAAAGGAAGUAGAGCAACCCAAAGUGUCUAUUACCAAGCCAAUUUCCAGUAAGCAGGAGCCUAAAGCUUCGUCCAGUCUGCCUUCAGGCAACAAUAAUGGCAAGCCCAUCGCAACAGAAAAGGUGAAAAAAGAAACAGAGAAGAGGACUGCUGAUAAAAUGAAAGUGGAAAUUGGUGAAGGAGUUGAUGUUCCAAAGAAACCCAGGCUAGAGAAGCAAGAGACUCGUUCAUCCCCUAUCACAGUCCAGACUAGCAAGGAUUUAUCCAUGCCUGAUCUGUCUAGUUUUGAUGAAACCAGUGCUGAUGAUUUUGCCAUGGAAAUGGGUUUAGCCUGCGUUGUUUGCCGGCAAAUGACAGUUACUUCUGGAAAUCAGUUAGUAGAGUGUCAGGAGUGCCAUAAUCUCUACCACCAGGAUUGUCAUAAACCUCAGGUGACAGACAAAGAAGUCAAUGAUCCUCGCCUCGUGUGGUAUUGUGCCCGCUGUACCAGGCAGAUGAAGAGAAUGGCUCAAAAGACUCAGAAACCACCUCAGAAACCAGCUCCUGCAGUAGUUUCAGUAGCACCAACUGUGAAAGAUCCAUUGGUAAAGAAACCUGAAAUGAAGCUCAAGCUGGAUACCCCAACAACUUUCCUAGCAUUCAAGAGGACAGAAGUCAAGACCACAGCAGCAAUUUCGGGGAACUCAACCGGUACCAGUGUUUCCUCUUCAGCAACCAGUGGCCUUACUGGAUGGGCGGCUUUUGCAGCCAAAACCUCCUCCACCGGUCCAUCAACCACCAAACUGGGAUCAACAGCACAGAGUACCAGCGGAAAACCUGCAGCCUCCUCUAAUAACCAGAAACCUGUGGGUUUGUCAGGGUUAACAACAUCUAAAACAGGACUAGGGUCAAAAAUAGCUUCCAAUAACAACAACACAAACCCAGUUCAACUAAAACCUCUUCCACCUCUGACCUUGGGGAAAAUAGGUCUGAGUCGUUCAGUGAGCAGUGACAAUGUCAGCAAAGUAGGUCUUCCUAGUCCUAGCAGCACGGCCCCAGGCAGCAGCAGCCAGGUGAAUAGUGGGAAUGGAAGCAGUAGCACAACAGGUAACAGCGGGAGCAGCACCAGCAAAUCAAGUGCAGAUUCUGGCAAUCAGUCACUGUCCCUAAAGGGCCCUACUUCUCAGGAAUCACAGCUCAAUGCUAUGAAAAGGUUACAAAUGGUCAAGAAGAAGGCUGCCCAAAAGAAACUGAAGAAGUAAUAGAGCUGUCUGUAAAUCUUGUUUCUGUGUUUCUUCAAAACAAAGAUAUGUGUGAGGUAUAACAUAAUUCAUUUAAUAAAUAUCCAUGCAGCUAAUUUCUAGAUUGGCUUUUUUUUUUUCUAUAAUAUGCUUAACAAUGUAAAUCUGUGUAUUUUCUCCAUCUGCAACAGACUGUAAAUAUACUGUAUGCUUCAGAUCUAGCGGACUAAACAUGUCCCCUUUCUCAAGUUUGAAGAAACGUUUGUUCAUAUUUGUUUAAAGUUUGCAUAGACAAUGUAUUGUAGCAUUUGCCAGUGGUGAUGUAAUAACUAAGGAUACGAUUUAGUCACGGAGGUCAUGGAUUCCAUGACUUUACUGGAUUUCCGUGACUUCGGUUUCAGCUGUCAACGGCUGGGGCAGAGCUGGGAGCCUCUGAACCGCAGCUGCCUCAGCCCCUGUGGUGGUGGGGCUCAGGCUGUCAGUCCCCUCCAUAGGGCUCCAGGUGUCAUUUCUUCCUUCCCUCCUCUCCCCAUUAUUUUUAGUGAUAGUCACGGCUCCCAUGCAUUUUUUUUUAUUAUUAUUGCCUGCAACCUGUCCAUGACUUUUACUAAAAAUAACUGACAAAAUCUUAACCUUAGUUAUAAUUAAGGAUGCAGACGAUGUUACAUUUGUUUAUACAUGUUCAUAACUUUUCUAACGAUUCUCCUUUGAGAACAAAACUCUCUUUAUUUGGUGUCUGUGACUGACUUUGGGAAGUUUGAUGAAAAACCUUUAAGGAAGUUGUAUUCUCUAUUGUGCACUACUGUGACCACUCCUGAAAUGCUGAGUCCAUUUCUGGGGUCCACACUUCAAGAAGGAUGUUGAAAAAUUAGAGCAGGUUCAGCACAUCCCUCAGCCCACGCCGAUUCCCGCUGCCCCCAUUGGCCUGGAGCAGCGAACCGUGGCCAGUGGGAGCCGCAAUCGGCCGAACCCACGGACGCAGCAGGUAAACAAACCGGCCCGACCCGCCAGGGGGCUUACCCUGUAGGCUGUGUGCCAAAGGUUGUCACUCCCUGUUCUAGGUUGACUCUGCAUUAUUGUGUGAUUUAGAAGUAACAGCAUCUCUCUGCCUUUGGCCAGAUCUACACUACAAAUGUUUGUCAGCAUAGCUGUGUGAUCGGGAUGUGGAAAAAACUCACCGUCUAGCCAACAUAGCUAUGCUGGCAAAAUGCCCACUGUAGAUGUAGCCAUGCCAACAGAAGAGCGCUGCUUUUGGCAUAGUUAAUGUCAUUUGGGGAGGUGGUGUUACUAUAUUGACAGGUAAAACUCCUUCUGUCUGUGUAAGCUGUGUCUGCAAUAGGGAGCUCUGCUGGUACAAGUAUACCAAUAGAACUAUACUGGCAAAGUAUUUGUAGUGUGGCCAAGGUCUUAACUUAUCCAUCUUGUACAUAGGCGGUCUACUAUUUUCCUACCUCUGGGAGGUGUUGGGAGGCUUAUUCUUCAGAAAUGGCCAAGUUCUGAUCACUUUGCUUUCGCUGAAUGCUGCUUUAUAAGUGGUUCUGCUGGAAUUAAUUGGGAAUCUUAUGGUGCAAAGUGCUAUUGAUUGUGAGUAAGCAUAUCAGAAUCUGGCACAAAGUUCUCUGAGAGCCAGGAGUGAAACAUGCUUUUCACUAUUACAACUCAUGAUUGAUCCACGAGUAAGACAGAGAACUAAUAAUGUUCACAAAUCAGUAGCCUAGAUUACAGCUAGGGAAGGACAGAACCGAACUAACUGCUCCACAGCAGUUUUCUCAAUGUAUUUUUAAACGUUGUUCAGUGCCUAAAUGGCACUUUAUAAAUACUGAUAGGUUGAUAAGAUAGAUAAAUAUAGACAAGUGCAGUGUUUGAAGCAACUGUUCAUUUCCUCUGCUACCAUCAUGAUCACAGCAUGGUCUCUAGUUGAUAACAGAACGGAAAAUAGGUCUUGGAUCUAUGUUCUGUUGUGCUUCAGGCAGAAAUUUAUUGUUUUUAAAAGAAGACAACACAAAAGUGCAAAAAUAUAUCUUUAUUGUUACAAUAAUUUAAAAGGAGAAUUUAAAAAUUUGUGUGCAAACAAUAUUGCUGUAAAUGGAAUUUACAAUAAAAAAAUCUGGAUUCACUUAG